UAUAUUAACAAAAUAGAAGAUCAAAAGAUCUAGUUAAAUUAGAUAGUUCAUCAUGCAAUUGUUGAAUUUAAGCUUACUAUCGAAACGUAAACAAAUGUAUACAUCUUCGAUGACAAUUAAAUCACAAGCUUCAUCAUCAUUAUCACCAUCGACAUCUGUUUUGGAAUUAUCAACAUCAGCACCAGCCAAAAUGUCGGGUAGUAUAAUGGCAAUUAAUAUGGCUGCUAAUAUGAAUAACAAUAGUAACAGCAGCAAUAGCAACAGCAACAGUAAUCGUUCAUCAAUGGUACAUAGUCCUGUAUCAUUGAAAAGUCCAACAGUUACGAAUCAAACGAUGACGAUGGCCCAUCAUCAUUAUAGUUUUGAUUUUGUUUCAUUAUUGGAUCUUGAUGAUGAUUUUCAUCGUACAUUGAAUCUAGUUAAGGAUCAAUACGAUAAUAUUGCAUCUCAUACAAAUAAGUCAAUAGAUUUGUUGGAUAAAUAUGGACAAUUUUCGCGGGAUUUGGCCGCCAUCGAAAUCGAUUAUGCAGCCAAACUACGGCGACUGUCCAAAAAUUAUCAAAUCAAGAGAAAAGAUGAAGAAGAUAAUAUGUGUACGGUGAUAAAAGCAUUCAAUAAAUCAUUAAAAGAAAUAACCGAUAUUGCUGGCCAACAUGAAAUCAUUGCUGAAGAGCUUUCUUUGAAUAUUGUGAAAGAAAUUGGUACCGUUUUAAAAGAGCUCAAAGAUGAACGUAAACGAUACCUGCAAGAAGGUACAAAACUACAAAAUUCAUUGCAACAGACUAUUUCGAUGUUGGAAAAAUCAAAACGCAGUUACGAAAAAGCAUUUCGCGAAUCGGAAAAAGCGCAUGAAAAUUAUCUGAAAGCUGAUGCCGAUCUUAAUCUUUCACGUGCCGAAGUGGAAAAAGCACGAUUAAUUUCAUUAUCUAAAUCAUCAAUGUGUGAUGAUGCAAAAUCUGAUUAUGCGACACAUUUACAAAGGACCAAUGAUCUACAGCGGCAACAUUACUCAGAACUUAUGCCUCGUGUUUUCCAUCAGCUUCAGGACAUGGAAGAACGCCGAUCACAAUGUAUACGCAACUAUAUCUUUCAGUGUGCUCAAAUUCGACAAAAAGUGAUGCCCAUCAUAGAAAAGUGUAUCGAUGGCAUUGUCGAAGCAUCAGAGUUAAUCAAUCCAAAAGAAGAUUCUAGGCUAGUGAUAGAGAAAUAUAAAUCCGGUGUCGAUCCACCGGGUGAUUUUCCUUUCGAAGAUCUUUCGAAUCCACGUUGUAUUGAUGAUUCAAUUAGCAAUGGUGAUAGCUCAGAUGGUGCCAGUGUUCAUAGUUCAAAUGGUAGUAACGGCCAUAAUGGUUUAAGUCAUCAUAAAUCUACAUCUGGUUCGACAUCCUUACACUAUUCAAAAUCUGUAUGUACGGAUACGUUUCGUGGAACACUUUCAGCAGCCAAAUUUCGUAAACGUGGUGGUAUAUUUGGUAUAUUCAGUUCAAAUAAAUCUGGUCAUGAUGAUUCAAAGGAUGAUUUCUCUGAUUUGCCACCGAAUCAACGCCGUAAACGUAUUCAAUCAAAAAUUGAUCUCAUACAAUCGAAUAUUCAACAGGAAAAUGGUGUCAGAGAGGCAUUGUUGAAAAUGCGUCAAGUAUAUCAGGAUAACCCGAAACUUGGUGAUCCGCAAGUAGUUAACGCACAAUUGACUGAAUGCAUGCAAAAAUUGGAAAAACUUGAUGUUGAUCUGAAAAAAUAUCAGACGAUGUUGUCUGGCGUAUUGGGGUCAAACACUACUCCCGGUUUACAGAAUAGAUCAUCUACAACACUAAAUUCUACUAAUGUCUCAACAGCAACAUUGAAUGGUGGUAAUAAUUCUACCCCAAAUGGACAAACGACAAGCAAUCAUCGUAAUAGCAUUUCUGAUAAUUCUAAUGAUUCUGUUUCGCGAUCUGAAUCGGAAACAUCAUUGCAUAAUCAUUCUAAUGGUUCGAAUGGAUCACCAUAUGGAAGUAGUGGUGGGGGUAGUAGUGUUCACACUGGUUUGAUGCAAGCGGCCAAUUCAUUGUUUAAUAAAUAUUCAAUGAAUCCUUCUGCUACAACGCCAACAAGUCCAUUUGUUAAAACUAAUGGAAAUUCGAAUGCGCCUACCACCAACGGUGGAUCAUUUAAUGGAAAUUUCUUCAAUGGAAAAGCGAAAUCCGAUCAAGAUAUUUCGCUAAAUGAAUCCAGUCAUGAUGAUCAAACGACAGCACCAAAUGCUGAUGAAGAAGAUUUUGAGGAAACAUUAAUCGUGCUAGGCACAGCUAAAGCUUUAUAUGCCUUCGAAGGUCAAGAUGAAGGUUCAAUUAAUAUGGAUGAAGGUGAAGAAUUUGAUCUGAUUGAAUUAGAUCAAGGUGAUGGUUGGACUCGUGUGCGUCGGCUACGUGAGGUUUUUGAAGAAGGUUUUGUUCCCACCACUUAUAUAGAAUGCAAUCUCUAUGACAAUAAUCUGACCAACAACGGUCAUAUGGCGAUUGCAGCCAAUAAUGCUACUGCAACAACAACAACAACCGCAUAACAAAUAUCAAUAAAAACAAUCAUUGGAAUA